AUGCGCUCUGAAUUCUGGGAAAGGAUGGAAGAGCCCAGCGAGGAAACUUGCGGUGUGGCCUUUCAUGUCUUUGACCGAUAUGGAACAGUCCAGACUAAGUAUAAGGACCAUCCAGUGCAAAGAGGAACUGGCGUCUGGGGAAACGAGCUUGAUCAUGGCCCUCUUUUCCUUAUUGAAAAAGUUCAUGUUACAGCACUGGAACUACGUCGGAAAGGGCUGGGGCAGAAAUUAGUGUCUUUAUUUUUGAACAAAGCCAGACAGUUCUGCCUAAACGAGAAGGGAGACGGCGAAUACGCAGACCUUAUCUACGGUUCCGAUGAGGCCUUUGAGCGAGCAUGGACUCUACAUGCUCUAGCCAGUCCCGGAAUACUAACAGCUGAUGUCGAAUCACAGUUAGUGGGCAAGUCAGCGGAAGAACGCUUGAUGAUACGGGCUCGAAUUCAAUCUGGUGCUAUUGACUUUUGGCGAUCGUGCGGUUUUCGUCGAAUCGGAGCAUCUCGGUGUUUUGCAUUUUCGUUCGAUCUCCAGCAUCAGUCUCACGCUCUUGCGGCGGCUUCUGAUUUCGACCCCCGUAGAAGCCAUGCUGAAGAUCUUGAGGACGAAGAACUCGAAGUUAUCUAUGAGACAGAUCGUUUUACUGAGGUGAAGAAACUGAAAAUGGGAAGACUUCGUGACGCGUUGCCACUCCAUCAUGCAGCUCUCACUCUGACGGACGAAGAACUCAACGCAUUUUUCGUGACUCAUGCUGACGAUGAGAUUGGUUGGGAUCGAGUGACCAACUCUGAAGCCACGCUUCUGCAUUUAACAGCUUGCGAGCUCAAGCCUCUAAGUACACGGUGGCUACUUGAGAAUGUCCGCCACGCCGACUCCUGGAAGACGGCUCGUGAUAUUGACGGGUACACCCCGCUCGAAGCAUUGCAGGAGACUCUAGAAACAAUGCGAACACGAAAGGAAUAUGGCUUGUCCAGGGUGUUGAACCUAUCGGACCACUUUAAAGGGUAUCCUGACGCCGCAGUAUCCUGUCUCUCCUUGCUGCUUGGACAGGACUCUUUGGGGCUUAGUAAAGCAUGCCUCCGAUUCGGGUGUACAUGCGGAGAGUGCGUGGAAGGACUUCUAUCUGCCCGAAUGAGGAGCUCUCUGAUCUUUCAGGGUGAGACUACGUACGACCUUAUGCAGGAGGAAAUUGAUGAUGGCGACUUUUGGAUAAAAGACAACCACUACAUCCUCGUGCACCUCGAUCCCGAUGUGCGAAAGAACCUCAGAACCAAUAAGUCACUUCGAAAGGGCUUUGUGAAUAUUUUCCAAAUUGCCGUGGAGUGUAUUAAGGCGAGAAAACUUCCCACCGCGGAGAAUCUCAAGUGGUGCUGUAACAACCGGAGCGAGUGGCCACCUGAUACCAAGAACUACCUGCGACGCGCUGGUACGCAGAUGGGCUUUCGGGCAGUGCUUCGUCGUAUGUUCGACACCGCUAAGGAAGAGGAUGAGAAAGCAGGUAACGGGGAGUGUCAACUCAUAUUGGGGGAGGAAUGGUCACAACUACCAACUUGCAGAAACGAUCAUGAGUUUGAAGUAGUUGCCAGGGCUUGUGGGUACGGCGGGGAUGAUUUCAUUUCGUUACCAUGCUGGUAG